GACAGCGCCAUUUUGUGUAUGCGAGUUCAAGUUAUUUCACGAUAUUUUGUAGUGGAGAUCUCCUAAUAUUCAUAAAUAAGUUGUUCAUAAACAACUCACAUUCACCAAUUGCGGCUUAUUAACAUUUGUAGAACGUGGCUUCCAGUUUAUCAGAAUGGCUGAAGAUUUAGAUGUAGAGGCUAUGUUGGAAGCGCCUUAUAAUAAAUCUGAUAACACUUCCUCUUCAAAGCAUCGCUCGGACAAGUAUACUGAUAAGCACAAAGAAAAGGAGAGGGACAGCGGUAGAAGACGAAGCCGAUCAAGAGAAAAAAGAAGAUCGCGUGACCGGGACUCUCGCCGAUCCAGAGAUAGAGAUGACAAGAAGGACAGGGAUAGGGACAGAGAUCGCGAAAGAGAUAGGGACCGUAGAGAUCGCGAUAGGGAUCGUAGUCAUAGGGACAAGGACCGGGACAGGGAGAAAGAGCGGGAGCGUGACAGAGACAAACGGCGAACUAGUAAAGAUAAAGAACGCAGCCGAGAAAGAGAUCGCAGUAGAGACAAAUCGCACAAAAGGGAGAAAAGUCGCGAAAAAGAGAGAGACCCAAGUAAAGAAUAUCGCUCCAAAUCAAGAGGCCUCGAACCUAAAUUAGAAGAAUUGCCACCAGAAGAGAGGGAUCUCAGAACUGUGUUUUGUAUGCAAUUGUCUCAAAGAAUCAGGGCUAAAGAUUUAGAAGAGUUUUUCUCAUCAGUUGGCAAAGUCAGAGAUGUAAGACUUAUUACAUGUAAUAAAACCAGAAGAUUCAAAGGAAUUGCUUAUAUAGAAUUCAAAGAUGCAGAGUCUGUACCAUUGGCUUUGGGAUUGACAGGACAAAAACUUUUAGGAGUACCAAUCAUUGUUCAGCAUACACAGGCAGAGAAAAAUAGAGUAGGCAAUACAUUGCCUAACUUGGCUCCAAAGGCGAGUAAUGGCCCAACAAGACUGUAUGUUGGCUCUCUACAUUUUAAUAUUACUGAAGACAUGUUAAGAGGUAUAUUUGAGCCAUUUGGAAAAAUUGAUCACAUUCAACUUAUGACUGACCCAGAAAAUGGCAAAAGUAAAGGAUAUGGAUUUUUAACAUUCCAUCAUGCUGCCGAUGCAAAAAAAGCAAUGGAACAGCUUAAUGGCUUUGAACUGGCGGGGAGACCGAUGAAAGUAGGCAAUGUAACUGAGCGUGCUGAUGGAGGGUCUAAUACAAGAUUUGAUGCAGAUGAGUUAGAUAGAGCUGGUGUCGAUCUGGGAGCUACUGGCCGUUUGCAGCUUAUGUUCAAACUUGCUGAGGGAACAGGUCUUCAGAUACCACCAGCUGCGGCGUCAGUUUUAAUGGGCACUGGCUCAGCAUUAGUUGCUCCACAACCACAAGUGGCACCCCCCAUAGCGACACAAUGCUUCAUGCUCAACAACAUGUUUGAUCCUGCUACGGAAACAAAUCCAAAUUGGGAUAUUGAGAUCAGAGAUGAUGUCAUCAGCGAGUGCAAUAAACACGGUGGCGUCUUACAUGUUUAUGUGGAUAAAGCAUCGCCACAAGGAAAUGUUUAUUGUAAAUGUCCAACAAUAGCUACAGCUGUAGCAUCCGUAAACACUUUACAUGGGCGGUGGUUCGCAGGUCGUGUUAUCACUGCGGCCUACGUACCUUUGGUCAACUAUCAUUCUCUAUUCCCAGAUGCAAUGACUGCUCUUACAUUAUUGCUUCCAUCCCGACAACGAUAACUGUUGGAACAGUUCAAGCGUGCAUCAGGAAAGGUGUUUGUUAUGUAUCAAAACACUUAAGUUUUGUGUAUGUACACUUCACAUUAGAUUAUUUUGUGCCCUUCUUUAGGCAAUAAAAUAUUAGAUUAUG